AUGACCGUGGAAGCGGCAGUCGCGAGCGGCAAGCUCCGCAUUGCUGCUACCGUCGAGGUUCCUCGCUUGCGCGACGCUCUCUCCUCCAGCAACGGCUACUCUUCUCUCCGCAUCGCCGUCUUCACGGAUGAUGUGUACAAUUCCUCCAAGUACUGCACCUCGACUUUGGACCAACGUUCGGACUUUUUGGGUGACACCGUUACAUGUACGUCCGACGACAUUCUCACUGCCGCCAAGCAGGAUCUCCUUGUCAACACCAUGAUCCCCGCUGCUGCUGUCAAGAUGCACCAGGAACGUCUCACGGUGCAACCUCUCAGCAAAAUCACGGUGGAACCCUUUGAUGACGACAUCUGUGGUUCAUUCUCUGUCCCCCAGCAGGUCCUCACUAACGGCGUAUCGGACGCUGACUUUGUCCUGUUCGUUGCCGCCGGACCCGUGAGUGGGAACACCGUUGCGUGGGCCACGACCUGCGAAGUUGACACAAACUACCGUCCGUUGGUGGGCGUCAUCAACGUGAAGCCAGAGUACAUCGACGGGUCGGACCAGUCCAUUCGCACCGUCGCCCACGAGAUCAUGCAUGCCCUCGGCUUCACAGGAACACUGUUUACGUACAAAAAGAUGACAGCCACCGUGACCCGCCUGCGUGGUGCCCCCAAUGCUCCUGUGGUCGACUCUUCCAACGUUGUUCAGCGCGCUGGGAAUCAGUUCAACUGCAACAGCGUCUACGGGAUGGAGCUUGACAACACCGGCGGCUCUGGCACAGCUGGUUCGCACUGGACUGUCCGGAACGCGAUGCAGGACAUGAUGUGCGGCUACGUUGGACCGUCCAUGAAGUACAGUGCCAUCACCAUGGCUGCGAUGGAGGACCUCGGCUUCUACAAGCCCGUGUACGAGAAAGCUGAGUACAUGGAAUGGGGCUUUGGAGUCGGUUGCGGGCUGCUAACGAACAAGUGUGUGAUCGAUGGAGUCAGCCAAUUCUCCAGCAUGUUCUGUGCAAAUCUGGAAGGUAAAAACGGACCGAUAGUGUAUGCACCCCAGGCCGCACGGCUCUGGGGUACUGCCCAGUCAGUCUCUCCGCCGAUCCACCGUCAUACUUCCAGUACUUUUUCUAACCACAGCUUCGGCGGGCUCAAAGCCGCCGACUACUGCCCUCUUGUCACCGCGCACUCUGAGAGGAGCUGUGCAAGUGGAAACUCUUCAUUGAUGCCCAAUUCACUCGUUGGCAGCUCAGCGCGCUGUGUCGAUGUCGCUUCGGGAAGCAAACUCCAGGACGCCAUCUGCGUUGAUGUGCAGUGCAAUACAACCUCGCAGGACUACACAAUCAAGUUUCUUUCCGCGUCCGACUACGUUGCCUGCCCGGCAGGGUCGACCGUGGACGCGUCAAAGAGCUCCUCACAGUUUUCCAGCGGAAGCUACAUCACGUGCCCUCCUACGGCUCACUCUGCCCCGACACCUUUGACUCCCUCGCUGUCACCGUGGAGCUCCUUCACAGCACCGAUGGAGCAAUGCGCGGCACGGGUCUCUGGGCCGCCGUAG